AUGAUAAUUCUAAUUUUUCCCUACGGCGCAAUUCAUUUUAUGUUAUUUGAGCCAGGAAUUUCUGGUCAUGUACACAGAUUAAUGGCUGGAUCCUUGGCAGGCAUGACGGUAGUUAUCUGUACCUGCCCUCUUGAUGUGGUCAGGGGGUGCCUAGCCGCUCAGGUGAAAGGUGAGCACACCCACACAGGAAUUAUUCAUGCCUUGAAAACUCUUUAUGCAAAAGAAGGCGGUUUCCUUGGAUUUUACAGAGGCCCAGUGCCAACUAUCUUAGGAAUGGCUCCAUAUGCAGGUGUCUCAUUUUUUACUUUUGGUACUUUAAAGAAUGUUGGGCUUUCCUAUGCUCCUACCCUUCUUAGCAGACCUUCAUCAGACAAUCCUACUGUGUUAGUUUUGAAAGCUCACAUCAGUUUACUUUGUGGUGGUGUUGCUGGAGCAAGAGCACAGACAGUAUGCUCCCCAGUUGAUGUAACUCGCUGGAGAAGGCAAGUAGGAACUGUUCUGCCAGAACCUGAACAGUGCCUUGCCAUGUGGGGGACCGUGAAGUGUGUCUGCGGGAAGGGUGGGAUCCGCGGGGAGCUGUACUGGGGUUUAUCUCUGAAUUAUAUUCGCUACAUUCCUUCUUAA